CUUGCUGGAACAAAUCUGUAUUUGCGCUCUUCUAUCUAUAUAUCUGUUUCUAUAUAUCCUAAUUCCCGAAUUUCUCACCACAUUUAUUUGUAAUGAACAGGUAACAGUGCAGAGAAAACCGCGCUUCCACUCGACCGCCGUCACCUCACCGAACACUCCGCCGCCCGCCGCCUCCGUCCUUUUAUUCCCCCAUUCCGUUGAGUAGGCCUUCAGUUUCAAUUGAAUAUUUAUUGAAUUUAAUAGCAGGCCUCUUGGUAUUCUCUUUUGCUUCCUUUUUUCUCUCUUUUUCAUCCCAUUUGUAACUGGUCCGUCUAAAUUAAAUAUAAUCUUUUCCAAAGCUCCAAUCAGCGCGCGAAAAUUCCAAUGCAUUCAAAGCACUGUGAUUAAUUUCAUUUCAUCACAAAAAUGUUUUUUUUUCACGAUCCUUAUGAUAAUUAUAUCUGCUUAGUUUCUUUUUCAGCAUAGCUAAACUCCGAUUAAUAUUAUGUUCGCUCCGUAAAUUGGACUUUAUUAAGCGAUAUUUUUUUUUUCAUUUUUUGUCUAAUACUUAAAGCUAAAGCAACUGAUAUUUGUUCAAAAUUAUUUUUUAGAAACUCCUUAACAUUCAAUAUUACUUCGGAAAUUAUUUGCUUAGUAGAAUGUGUUGGCUAAUUCAGGCUCUGGAGUUUAAAAUUUAUUUGGCUUCGAUUUGAUUUUAUAUGUAAACUUUGGCUUUUAUUGUUGGAUCUUUCUUAUUGGCACAAAAGAUCCGAUUUGGUUUUACUGCACUUUAUGAGCGUCAUAAAAAAGGAUGAAAUUCUACCAAUGACAGCAAAACUGUGUUCUUCUUCAGUCAUUUAUUAAAAUGUCAACUUGAGACUUUAGAAAUGUAUUACGUAAAUGUAAUUCCAAGGACCUGUUUUUAUCACAGAAGAACUGGGAAAAAUACUGACUUUCAGUACACCUGAUAAACCUCGAGGCUAAAACAUAAAAAAAAACACAGACUCCUCGUCUUAUAAAUUUUGAGGGGAAAAUAUUUCUUCACAAUCUACCUCAAAGUUCAGUCUAUUUUUGUUUAAAAAAAUUGCAAGAUCGAAUUGCUAGUUAAUUAAUUUAUUGUUUGAUGGAUUACAUAAUUGAGACUACGCAAUAUUCUAUCUCGAAAUUCAGACUGAUUUUGCUUUACUAGUUUUGAAUUAAUUCCUUUUAUUAUACAUUCCAAUUUUGAUUCCGAGAACUAUCAAUUGGCUUGCCGUUAUUUUCUGACAGACGUUAUUUCUAUUACUUGGAAAUGUGUUCUUACGACUGUUACCUUGUUCACAUUGUUUUACUUAUGGCAGCAUGUCAAAACUCAAGGUGUGUGAUAGACUACCGCACUGAGAUCCUGAACAGCUGGGAGAAUGAUGAGCCCAUUGUGGCUGAGGAGGGGGGCGACGCUGGCGGGGCAGAAGCGGGGUCAGCUAAGUCCAACAGGACAGUCAAGGACUGGAGGUGGCUGCCACCCAACAAAAAGCCGAUCGUGGUGAAUGUGAGCAUGAUCAUCGACAAUAUCUUCGACGUCAACGCCACAGACAUGAGCUUCAAACUGCAAUUCUCGUUCCUUCAAAAGUGGCAGGAUGCCAGAUUGGAGUACGUGGCGUACGACAACUCCUACGUGCCAAUCACGCUCACCGCCGGAUACGCGAGGAGGAUCUGGGUGCCAGACUCGUUCUUUGCGAACAGCAAGACCAGCUGGAACCACACCAAUACCAGACCCAACUCAUAUAUCAAAGUAUACCCCAACGGAACUAUACUAUACAACAUGCGGGUAACAGUCAAGUGCCACUGCAAAAUGGACCUUCAGUAUUUCCCAAUGGACAUCCAGAAAUGUCGACUGCACAUCGAGAGCUAUGGCUACCAGUCGACGGAGAUCAUAGUGCGGUGGGAUGUGUUCAGCAACGUUACCCUCCCGGAACCCUCCUCCGACUUCACCCUCACCGAACUCAGACUCCUCUCAGUCGUCCCUCAGAGUCUCAUCAGGAACCUCUCCACAGGUUCCUACGAGGGCUGUGCCUUGGAGUUCACGUUCACACGUGACCUGAUGUACUUUCUGGUGCAGAGCUACAUUCCUGCCAUCAUCAUAGUCGUGCUCUCCUGGGUGUCCUUUUGGAUCAUACCCGACCGGGGAAGAGCCACAGUGGCCGAAGUGGCCACGUCACGUGCCUAUAUCGGAGUCACUGGAGUCCUGUCCAUGAUUCUGGUUAUGAACACAAGUAAAACUGUGCUUCCUAAUGUAGACAACCUAAAUGCAGUCGACGUCUACUUCUUCGUAUCUUUCGUGUACGUUCUCGCCGCUCUUGUGGAGUUCAUAACAGUCCAUUUUCUUAACAAGCAGAAACGAAAAUGGCUCGAACGAAGACAACGCAUGAAAUUUCUUCAGAAAUCGAUAGUAAUUAAUCCCGAUUCUUCAAGUGAAGAUGAAGUCCAAAUUAAAGAAACCUCAUUUGUCGGUCGAAGCAACGGCCGGUCACAUACGCGUACUGUCGCUACUACAAACAAUGUUGCCAGAAAAACGGUUUCGAUAAGUGGGGAUCCUAGUUCCGUUCAUACCACCAUGCUGCUUCGACAGUCUUCGUCUGUUCCUCCUACGAGAACUAGAUCGUCGUUGGGGACGGUGAAAUUUAUGCCUCCGCAACACCGUCCCGGGCGCCACCCCAUUUCCAAUUGGAGAGACAAUGCGUCCCCCCACCGGUACCCGAUUGUGCCCCCACCUGCGAUGCAGGAGAACAACCUGAUGGUACCCUAUAGUGGCAUAGAACUGCAGUUGAAACCAGUUCAUUUCGAUCACUCAAUUCACUUCAAUCCGUGCUCUUACACGACAACAGAUUGCAGCUCCUCUGAAGCCGAACAAGUCUGGAACAAGAACAACCUGCUGCCGACUCCCAACUUCAUGGAAAGCGAGAGCUGCUUAGAAGAAGACGACUUCUGCAGCGACAACGGGGGCGGCUUUAACAGCAGCAGUGCCGUCACCCCCAUGUCUAAUAGCUCCGAAUCAGACCUGGGUCACUCGAGUUACUUCAGACGAGGGAGUUCCACGCGACGUCGUUCAAGUCGUCGUCGUUCCGGAUCCCAAAGUCACCAUUCAGGUCUUUCCGGAAGUUCGGCAACUGAGGCGGAUUUCGGUCCGGACGGAAAGAGGAGACUAAGUCGUCGAACGUUGCGACGACUUGAGCGUUACAAAGAUUCGAACUUCGUGAAUUGGUUCAUGACCUCAGUUGAUGUUGCCAAAAUAGACUACUAUUCCAGAAUCUGGUUUCCAACUUCGUUUUUUAUCCUCAAUAUUUUUUACUGGGUCACGUAUAUGAAAUUAGGCAAAGAUGGAAUGCAUAAUAUCGAAUGAUUGCUUUAUUUGAGCCGAUAAAUUUUAACACUGAACAAAACAACAGAUUGCUACACGGAGCUUAACUUUUUCUCAUUUUCAAGCUAGUUU